AUCACGUUAGAGUAGCACAGAGGGUGGAGUAUGAGUUCACUAAAAUACGGAUAGUGUUUUGAGGUUAAAACGAGUGUGGGAAAACAUGCUCACGUAAUUCAGGAGCACGAGCCGGUGAAGGAGGUGGACAGACACUGGAGCAGCGCGCGCUAAACGGCGGCUUAUGGCGGGACUGUCGUACUUGGUGCUCCGCUUUUCGGGAUCCGCUGGUCGGACCUACGGUGUGUUUUCUAAAGGACUAACGAGGACUUUGUUGAUUUUAUUUGAUUUGGCGUGGCGUCUCCGCAUCCGAUUCCCGUACCUCUACCUCAUCGCCUCCAUGAUGUUCAACGUGCGCUUACAGGUCCACAUUGAGAUCCAUUAAUUUCCAUACACGAAGUUAACUGAAGUGUCAACAUCUCUGGACCAGAAGGUUCAUAUGCUGCUGCUGCCGCUUCAGAAGUCAGCCGAGGCCAAGGGAACCCCAGUACUGGAAGAACUAUGGACACAUACAUAAAGGCGAAGCUGAAAACUCACUUAGACCGUUUCCCUGCAGUUUCUCUAGAAAAAAUAGGAACCUUGUUGUAUUUUACAGCUGGGCGUCGCUGCUGACUGCCAUGGCUUUGGAAUGGAAAUAUUUGGGGUGUGUUCUGUGCGAUAAGGUAAAUGUUGGAAAUUUCAGGGAGAGGUUACAACCUUCGCUCACUUGUAACCAUCACAAAAGUGACCAAUUUUGGUUUGUGGAAAUGUUUAUUGCCUUUUUUUAAUUGAUCCACUACAGAUGAGUUUGCCUCUUCAUUUUAGAGGCUUUAUCAGUGUGCAAUAUACACACACACUCUCACAUGCUCAGUUUGUAAAAGGUCAGGGGAGUUUUUUUCCAUUUAGUUAUGUAGCACUUGACUCGCACUUUAGCUGCAUGCCUAAUGUGCUGAUUACAGAUGGUCUUCUUGUUUACCACUUAGUUUAUAACUGGAUGUUGUUGUUGUUGUUGUUGUUGUUUUUUCCAGCACUAGUGGCAGUUUUUUGGGGGGAUUUGUUAAGCAAAAUGUUACAGCCGACAUCCUGCACUAGCCUAUAAUUUACUUUGAGAAACACACUUACAUAAUUACCAAAGGAUAUUGGCUCAUUUUAAAACAAAAUGUCUAGUUUGGAUUUUGGUACACAAGCAUGCAAGGGAAGUUUUAAUUGCGGAUGCAGGGUGGCAUGAUAAAAACUUUGGUCACAGUCCAUAUUCUACCAUUUUACCUCAUGUUGAUGAGAUGACCGUUUGUGACCAGUAGUGUUUAUUACAUGAAAAAUGUUUAUUAACAUUUUUUUUUUCAUUUCUAAUAUUUUUAAAGAAUGCCACAGAACAAUGAUCCCAUCAUUUUGUCUGAUGGGCUCCACUUAUUAUUAUUGUUUUUAUUUUCUGUAAAAUGCAGUCUUGCCUCCUGCCCGUGAGUCAGUUUAGCUGUUUUUAGACAACAGAAAAUGGUACUUUAAAAUGUCUUUAACCUUAAAUACAAUAUGAAUUUUCUCGUUUGUCUUUUGUCAGUGCAUUAUUUUAAAUGUGCAAUUACUUUGAACAGCAAGCAUAAGUAAUGUAAGGAAAAACAAUUUUAUUUGAAUAUACAAUAAUAAAAGAAUGAA